AUGGCAUCUCCAGUUCCCAGUUCGGAUGAAGGGGAAAUUGUAGAGGCAACUUCCCUGCCUCGCGCUGAACGAAACAUUGAUGUUGACCGAAGAGGCAGACAUCAUCAAGGAAGACAAGCGUCCCGCGAGCCCGAGUAUGAUACAGCAGCUCAACGUAGCCACUCUCCUCGGGGCUGGAAAAGACCCAGCGAUGAUCGGGACGACCGCCAUACUCGCGAUAGACGGGAACCACGCCAGUUCCGCGUACGCUAUGAGGACAACUACCGAGAUGACCGUCGCCAUGGCCGUGACUUAGAUCGCCCUCCCUCUCGCGGAUCCGAAUUGCUGUACGACGAACGCCCGACUCACUCUGGACAUCGAGACUAUCGCGGUGGCAGUGACCGCAACCGUGGCUCUGACCGAGGUUAUGGCAGGGACCGCGGUCAUGAUGACUAUCCAGACAAGCGGCCUAGAAACCACAGUCGCUCUCCCAGAGAUCGCCGUGAUCGGGGAAGGCGAGACAGGGGCCGAUAUGGCUCGGACCGUCAUGCGGCAGACGAACACAAGUAUAGUGCCCAUGUCGAUAGACAGUCGCAGAACGGCUCCCUCUCCAAGAAGGCCAGCUCUGUGGAAGCUUCGGGUGUUUCCAAAAACCAUGCUAAAAUUGACCAAGGUGCAACGGUUGAACGCGGUAUCAAUGAGCUUGCCAUCUCACAGAACGGUACUCCCACUCAAGAGUCUGCUCAGGCUGCCGAACCUGACAUGGACUGGGACCCGGAUGCUGUCAUGGACGAGGAAGCUAGGGAGAAGGCCGAAAUCGAACGUCGUCGCCGCCUCAGAGAAGCUGCCUACAAGAGAGGUAUUGGAGCUUCAACCCCCACUAUUCAAUCAUUGCAGGCUGGCGAAAAGAACGUGUCCAGUCCAGCAUCCACUCGCCAGAGCACCCCUGGUCUCCUGAAAGUGGACGCAGCUACUCCCAACUCUAACGGCAUCUCAUCACCAGCUCUGUCCCCUGGUAAAGCCCCAGAGGACAUGUCUGCAACGGCCCUCAAUUUUGCUGAUGAUCAAGCUCUCAUUAAUGCUCACAUUCGAGCCAAGUCUCAUGACGAGGAUGGCCCUUCAGCUGCAGAUUAUGACCCGACCGUGGACAUGCAGGAAGACGAGAAACGGGAUGAGCAGCGACAUGGCAACGUAGGGUUACAUGGUGAGCUGCGAGACCCCUCUCAGCCGGAGGCUGCCACGGUUUCCGCUUCGGGGGAGCAAGAGAAUGGCACCAAGAAAGCAGACGAAGACGACGAUGACUUCGACAUGUUUGCGGAUGACUUCGACGAGCAGAAAUUCGUAGCUCCAGCGCACCCGAAGGCUGCGGCAGCUGACGAUAGUAGACCUCAGCAUGGCGCAGGCGGCAAAAAUAUCGAGGGGGACGACAAGGACGGCUACUACAAGAUUCGGCCUGGUGAGCUCCUCGAUGGUCGCUAUCAGGUUCUCACUACCCUCGGCCGUGGCAUGUUUUCAGGGGUAGCACGUGCUGUUGAUGUCACCAACAAGCAAGUGGUUGCAAUCAAGAUCAUGCGGAACAAUGAUGCGCUGCGGAAAGGCGGUUUUACAGAGAUUGCCAUUCUUCAGAAGCUCAACGCGGCCGACCCGGACAACAAAAAGCAUCUGGUUCGGUUUGAAAGAUCAUUCGAGUACAAGGGCCACUUGUGUAUGGCGUUUGAGAAUUUGAGCAUGAACCUGCGCGAAGUUUUGAAGAAGUUUGGCAACAAUGUGGGCAUCAAUUUGAAUGCGACUCGGAUAUAUGCCUCCCAAAUCUUCAUUGCCCUUGGACAUAUGCGCAAGUGCAGCAUCAUCCAUGCUGAUUUGAAGCCUGACAAUAUUCUGGUCAACGAGGCGCGGAAUGUGCUCAAGAUUUGCGAUUUGGGAACAGCCAUCGAUCGUUCUGACGCGGCAACGGCGUCGACAGAGAUUACACCGUACUUGGUCAGCAGAUUCUAUCGUGCCCCUGAAAUCAUCCUGGGCAUGCCUUACGACUAUGCCGUGGAUAUGUGGUCGAUUGGAUGCACCCUCUACGAGUUGUAUACCGGCAAGAUUCUCUUUACUGGCGAUAGCAACAACCAGAUGCUCAAAAACAUCAUGGAGAUCCGCGGAAAGCUCAGUGCCAAGAUGUACCGACGCGGCCAACUGUCGAGCAUACACUUUGACGAGCUCGGCAACUUCAUCAGCGUGGAACGGGACAAAAUUCUUGGAAAGGUGAGUCCUGCUUUUUUUUGUUUUGCUGCAUGGUUUAAUGCGCGAUCCCUUUCCAUCCUCCACUUCCCACAGCACAUACACACAUACACUCCUUUGAUACACCAGACGCCCGUUCUAUUUGGAUUCCGCUUCUUUUUUUGGGGCCAGCCAAACGGGUCAGGCGGGUGCUGUGCCCGUGGUCUGUUAAUUCGUGGCCACUAA